AUGUCUGGAGAAGAAGCUGCACCUGCUGUUGUUCCUCCGGUUGCUGAGCCAGCUGCAAUUCCAGAGGACAUGGAUCUGUUGACUGCUUUGGAGCUGACUCUAAGGAAAGCCCGUGCUCACGGUGGUGUGACACGUGGUCUCCAUGAAAGCGCCAAGCUUAUCGAGAAGCGUGUUGCUCAGCUCUGUGUCUUGGCUGAAGACUGCAACCAGCCUGAUUACGUUAAGCUUGUCAAAGCUCUAUGCGCUGAUCACAGCAUCAAUUUGCUUACUGUUCCAAGUGCCAAAACCCUCGGUGAAUGGGCUGGUCUUUGCAAGAUUGAUUCAGAGGGUAAUGCAAGGAAGGUUGUUGGAUGCUCGUGCCUUGUGGUCAAGGAUUACGGUGAGGAGACAACUGCACUCAACAUCGUCAAGAAGCAUAUUGAAUCUAACUAAAAUCAGCCAAGUCAGAUUUUAAGAUGCUAUUUCCUCUUGUUUUCUCUGUUUUUGUUAUUUAAUACUUGUUUAGUGGACAUGUCUUGAGAUAUGUUUCGGACAACAACUUUUUGAUGUUAUCUAGCUCAUAUUUAAAUACUCAACCAAUUCUCUGAUCGAAAGUUCUUAU